AGUGAUGAAGAGGAGGAGCAGCUGGUCUCGGUUCAGUCUGUCGCAACUUUUUCCUCUCUUUUGUUUCUCAGAUUCUGAUGUACCUUCGGCAGCUCACCGAACCGGGCCAAAGCGGGUCGAAGGCGGGAUAGGAGUGGGUCGGACAGGGAUCAGCGCGGUGCGGUUCUCCGCUGUGGAUCUGGACUCUGUUUGGAUCAGAACCGGAUCAUGAAUCGGUAGAACUGACUUCUCGGAACUUUUUCUGCCGUCUCCAUGGAGAUGAGAGAUUUUCCCGCCAUCUAAGCAGUUGAUCACGUGCUGAUCAGGGAUCGAUAGCCUCAUUGAUCAUAUUGAUAGGGAUGGGCGCGCUCCCGUUGCUUUUGCUCGUGCUCUGGAUUUGCGAGCACGCCAGGAGCACGUUCCCGAUGCGCGCCUCCUACAGCCUGUACGCCGGCGGGCACGCGCACGCGCACGGAGCCCGCGCGGCCAGCAGACACAGGAACUGGUGCGCGUUCGUCCUCACGAAGACGGUGAGCUGCGUGGUGGAGGACGGCGUGGAGACCUAUGUGAAGCCCGACUAUCACCCAUGCAGCUGGGGCAGCGCCCAGUGCAGCCGGGUCGUGGUCUACCGGACCUAUAUGAGGCCCCGCUACAAAGUGUCCUACAAAACAGUGACCGAGAUGGAGUGGAAGUGUUGCCAUGGUUACAGCGGAGAGGACUGCAGCGUCGGCCCGGCUGGCAGAGCAGGAAGUCACACGUCCAGCGGAGCAGGGACAGGAAGUGGUUCUGGAACCGGACAAAAUGGAGGACGACAGGACCGGGAGGAAAUCAGGAAGUUGGAGGAAAAGAUCCAGAGGCUGACGGAGAAGCUGCAGGAUUUCCAGUCCACCAUGAAUGAACACCUCCACCACGAACUUGUCAGACCCGGAAAAAACCCAGCCGACGCUGCGCCGCCCGAAAUCAAAGAGACGAUCCACAGCAUUCAGACCAAACUGGACCAGCUGGACAACCGAACCAAGGCUCAUGAUAAAACCCUGGUGAGCAUCAACAACCACCUGGUGAACGGGAAGGUCAACGAUCUGGACGGAGACGUUUCCCCUGGAGGACUGAGUGGGGAGCAGCUGAGCUCCCUGAAGGAGAGCGUCCUGAAGGAGCUGGAGCGCCGAGUGCUGCUGUCCUGCUCCUCCUGUCAGGCCGGCGUGGAGGACCUGCGGCGCCAGCAGCAACAGGACCAGGAGAGAAUCCGCGCUCUGGAGAAACGGCUGAACGACGCCGACGUUCGCCACCGACAGGACGCCGAAAGGCUUCGACUGGAGCUCCAGCGCUCCCAGAGAUGCUGCGGCUCCAUUGACGACCUGCAAAACCGCAUGAGCGACGCAGAAAACAAGAUCAGCUCGGCCUCAGAGAGCUUCAACGUCCUCCUGGACCGCCUGAGCCUCGGCAGCGACGGUGGAGAAUCCCAGGGAGGGGGAGGAGCCACUGGAGGAGGAGGAGCUACAGGCGGGGCCAGUGGAGGAGGCGAUGGUUUGACCGAUGUUCGGUUGAAUCUUCUGAAGGACUUUGAGCUCCGCAUCAACAGCAGCGUUCUGCAGGUCUGCUCUCACCUGGAGGCCGACCUGAGGGAGUUUGUCCAGAGAGAGCUGGACGACCUGCGGACGGCGUUCUCACACCGCUUCGACGACCGCACCUUCAGGAUCGAAGACGUGGAGCUGGAGGUGGAGCAGCUGCAGCGCAACCUGCUGGAGCAGGACAGGAGACUGUCAGCGCUGGAGAACCAAACGGCCGAGACGAGGAGGAGGGUGGAGGAGUGCCACUGCACAGGUGGGGGAGGGGCUUCUGGAGCAGGUGGAGGUAAAGGAGAAGAAGGAGGCGGAGACACUGGGGAAGGUUUCACAGGACCAGGUGGAGCAGGAAGCGCUGGAACAGGUGGAGGAACAGGUGGAGGUUUAUCUGGCGGCAGAGAAAACACAACCAAGAAAUCUCUGGAGUGGAGAGUUGUGGCCAACGAGGGUCAGAUUCGACACUUCAACACGCGACUGAAGGACCUGUCGGUGUCUGGAGACUCUCUGCAUGACCGGGUUCUGGACCUGAGCCACGACGUUCGGGCGAUCAAGUCGCUGACCGGUGACAACGGCGAGAACUUCAACCGCAUCGUGAUGGAGGUGGAGAUGCUGGGUCAGGACUGUGACCUGUGCAGCCGCGUGGAGGUGGAGCUGCAGAACCUCCAGAACCGGUCCCAGAACCUGAGCGCCAUGCAGCAGGCGCUGCAGAACCUGGAGAACCGCGUGGGCUCCAUCCAGACCCGGCUGGACUCGGAGGGCGGCGGCUGCAGCCGGGUCUGCUCGCCGCUGCAGGACGACGUCCGCUCGCUGCGAGACGAGGUCCGGAGAUGCUCGGAGCGCUGCGGGACCGGAACCGGGACCGGGACCGGAACCGGGACCGACUCCUUCACAGCAGGUGACGGUUCCACCGGCUUCGGGCCGGGUCUGGACGCAGAGAAGCCUUUAGACGGCCACAGCGUGAUCGGAGGGUCCUUCAGCAGCAACCAGCUGAAGACGCUGCAGGGCGAGCUCAGCGACAUCCUCUUCACCUUCGGCUCCAUCAAUGACACGCUGAGGGGCCUGGAGCACAGCGUGCAGAAACACGGCAGCGUCAUCACCGACCUGGGAAACACCAAGGACAAGAUCAUCUCUGAGCUGGACAAGAUCCAGCAGGAAGUGACGGAGCACGUCCAGAGGAGCCAGGAGCGGCUGGGCCGGACGGACCGGGACGUCCGGCGCCUCGAGAGCAUGCUGGUGGCAGAGAUGGGCGACUGCCGGCGCUCCGGAGACGGGCUGGAGAAGAGGCUGUCCAAGCUGGAGGGAAUCUGCGCCAGGCUGGACGGCGUCUCCGACUCCAUCUCCAAGGUCAAAGAAGGCCUGAAUCACCACGUGUCGGGUUUGUGGAGCCACGUUUCCGGCCUGAACCAGUCCCUCAUCCGACACGGAGGAGUCCUGGACGCUGUCCAGAAGAACCAGGACCGGGUCCAGAGCCGGGUGAAGAGCCUGAACUCCAGCCUGGCCCAGGUCCAGAAGGAGCUGCAGACUGGCCUUCCAGGGCCUCCAGGAGAGAAAGGCCUGAUGGGGCUGCCGGGCCCCCGGGGGCCCCCCGGACCUCCUGGGCUGAAAGGAGACGCCGGCUCCCGAGGAUUUCCAGGUCCUAAAGGUGAACCAGGUCUUCCAGGUGUGGACGCUCACAGACCCAGGCUGUCGUUCUCUGCAGGCCUCACCGCCCUGAAGGAAACGCCGGGAACCGUCGUCUUUAACAAGGUCUUCGUCAACGAGGGCAACUUCUACAACCCGGCGACAGGUGUUUUCACCGCCCCGGUGGACGGACACUACUACUUCAGCGCCGUCCUGACGGGCCACAAGAAUGAGAAGGUCGAAGCGGUUCUGGCCAAGUCCAACUACAGCGUGGCCCGGGUGGACUCGGGCGGGUACCAGCCCGAAGACCUGGAGGCCAAGCCGGUGGCCGAGUCAAAGGUCGUCAGCGGCUCGCUGGCCGUGUUCAGCCUGGUGCUGCCGCUGCAGCGCGGCGACACGGUGUGCGUAGACCUGGUGAGGGGGAGGCUGCCCCACUCCGUGGAGCCGCUCACCGUCUUCAACGGCGUGCUGCUGUAUGAAACCGUAUGAGCCUGGUGAGUCAGAGACCAGCUCAGCCCUCUGAUGUUUCCCAUGAUCCUCCCUGCUCCACCCAGCAGGAGGGAUUUUAAAUCCGCCUGUGUUCUGUCCAAUCAGCAGAGACCUUACCUGGUCACGUGACCCAAACUCCUCUGGAGCCAGAACAUUAUAGUAAUGUUCUGCAUUAAUAUCCAGAUGUUUGUCCAGAAGGUGGCGCUGCGGAUCUGAUCUAUGUCUGAUAAAAUGUUUGGAUGUUUUAUGGAAUAUUGUUGAUGCGCUGCUGCGAUCCAUCAGUUCACCUCCUCCGACCUCUAACCCACGGCGUUACCGUGACAACCAUGAAGGCCACGCCCCUACAGCGCCACACAGCAACACCCAGCUUAUUAACGUUGACAAAAGCAAACCUUAGUGGUGGGCACCGCUAGCUAAAAGGUUAGCAGCGCUAAUCCACAACACUAACCAUAAACGUUAGUUACGCUAACGCUAGCAUGCUACACCAACAUGAUGGUUAGUGGAAACUAAUGCUAAGCACUAAAUUCAACCUUGACCGCAUCCACCACGUGUCAUUGCCACUUCCUUCUCGCUCAGUAGUUUCUUUAAAAUAAAAAGAAAAUGUGAGGAGAGGAAACUGGGCUGCAGCCUUCAAAAUAAGAGCAUAUAUAAGCGUCUAACCUACCAGAAGAAUUCAGAAGAGCCGACAACCAAAACUUCAACUCAAAUGUCAAACUUUACUCAAGUAAAUCAGGUCUAUAGAUUUUAUAUGAAAAAAAUAUUUAGAGGAAGUUAAGCCCUUUCAAAGUUAGCAAAAAAGCUAAAACACUGUACAAAAAAUUAACUAUUAGUGCAUUAGCAGGUUAGCAUAAGUGUGCCCACUGCUGAUCAUAAAUAUAAGAAAAAGCAAAACAGUUUCAKGUCUUCUGCUCACUGACCUUCAUUUAACCCGACCAGACCCAGAGGUUUGGGUCCGUGUGUUUCAUUCAAAAUGGCCACCAGGUCGUGCUGUGUCAGGACGGGAUAUCUGAUAAAAAAUCAGUCAGGUUUUGAUUUUAUGACACAUUGAGGAAUUCACUGAAUAAAAUAACAAUACUCUGUGAGCGCCCCCAAGUGGUCAGGUGAAUAUUAGCCAAAUUAAUCAUAAACCAGGUCCUGCUACCAGUUUCCCUUUUAGUGUAAAGCAUCCAGCAUGCUGAGGUGAGCGAAGCAUCAUUUUAACUAAAAGUAUCACUGGCUUAUUGCUGCAGUGUUUGCCCAACAGCUUUACUGCACAUGUGUAGUAAACAUGUCAGGUUAGCAUGUGCAGCAGCUAAGGGAAGCCGCAGUCUUCUGGUGGAAAGUGUUUGUUUUAUUCCUCUGACUCCGCCCACAACGGCAACAUCAACUUCAGGGACUGUGGAAAACUUCGCUGGAGGCUCGACAUGUCGGAAAACACUCCAGACUCAUUCUUCACCUUCUAGAUAAUAACGGCAACGUGCUACAUUAGCGGAUAGUUCAGCAGAAGCUAAUGCUAACGCUCUAUAUUAAUGGAGUUUAGCAGAAGCUAAUGCUAACGCUCUAUAUUAACAGAGCGUUAGCAUUAACGCUCUGUUAAUGCUAACAGAGCGUUAAUGCUCUGUUAGCAUUAGCAGAAGCUAAUGCUAACAGUCUAUAUCAACACAAAGUUUAGCAGAAGCUAAUGCUAUCAUUCUAUAUCAACACAAAGUUUAGCAUAAGCUAAUGC